AAUACAAUAAAUGCUGAAUUUUUGUCUCCUCCAUUGAUCUCAUGCUGAAAUAAUUUUGCCGGUAUUAAUUUCAUGCCGACGAAAUUAUUCCGGCAUCAAUCUCAUGCCGGAGUAAUUUCUUCGCUAAUGGGCCAAAAACAGUAAUGUCGGAGUAAUAUUUUCACCAGGGAAAUAAGAAUAAUAAAUAACAAUAACAAAGUUCAAAUUUAUUUUAUUUACUAUAAUUAAACAUAACUCUAUCAAUCCGUCUUUUUUAUUAUUCAUUCUAAUAAUUCAAAUAAAUUAAUUGACAAGCUUGUUUCUGUUUCACCCAUAAGAAAAAUGUGUAGCGCACUAUACAUGGACUAUAUGCUGUAUGCAUGUGUAUGUAUGUUGUUAAAAUUUAAAUAAUAUAAAUAGUGACUCUUUCCUGUCAUAAAUCACGCGGCUCCUUUAAAUAUUAAUAAUAUAUUGUUAAAUAAAAAGAAAAUAAUUAGGCCUUUUAUUAUCCAUUCAGAAAGUCUUAAAUUUUGUUUAUCAAAACGUGUUAUUAUUUUUUAUUAAAUCAAGUAAUGCUAAUCUUUAUAAACAUAAGAAAAUAAUGGCCCAACAAUUGACACACAAACGACGAUUGUCGUACAACACUACCAGUUAUAAAAAGCGUGUUGCUCGUACAACAAAUAAUAAAGUUAAUAAAUUAACAUGCUAUUGUAGUGGUGGUGCUUGUCCAAAUGACAAAGAUAAUAGUACAUGUGUAACAGAUGGUUAUUGUUUUCGUACAAUUGAAGAAAUUUGGGAUAUUGGAGAAAAAGAUUAUGUACUUGAAUCAACAUACGGUUGUUUUUCCGAAGAACAAAGCUUACUAUCAUGCAAUGCAUACAGAAUACCUUCAAUACGUAAAAAUGGUAGCUGUUGUGACAAUGCCAACAAUUGUAAUAAAGAUAUACAAUUUCCUGAAUUUCCAUCAAUAACAGAUCCAUCAUUAGAUACUGUUACUGUAUCACAAGUAUUAAUAGCACUGCCAUACAUAUUUAUAAUAUUACUAUUUUUAUUAUUAAUAUUUUUAUACAAAUGGUAUAAUAAAUAUUUACACAAACAUUGUGACCACUCACUUGUGCUGAAAAAUGAUACAUUAAAAGAUUUGAUUGAUCAAAGUUCUGGAUCUGGUUCUGGCUUGCCAUUACUUGUACAACGUACAAUUGCCAAACAAUUGCAAAUAUCUGAUUGUGUUGGUAAAGGUAGAUAUGGUGAAGUAUGGUUGGCACAUUGGAGAGGUGAAAAGGUUGCUGUUAAAACAUUUUUUACACUUGAAGAACAAUCAUGGUUCAGAGAAACAGAAAUAUACCAAACUGUACUUAUGAGACACGACAAUAUAUUGGGAUUUAUUGCUGCUGAUAUUAAAGGUACUGGAUCAUGGACACAAAUGAUAUUGAUGACUGACUAUCAUGAACAUGGCUCAUUACAUGAUUACCUAUCAAUAAAUGUACUUGAUCAUUCAUCAUUAUUUUUAAUAUGUUGGUCACUUGCAUCUGGUGUUGCACAUUUACACACUGAAAUAUUUGGCACAAAGGGUAAACAGGCAAUUGCACACAGAGAUAUUAAAAGUAGAAAUAUAUUGGUCAAAAGAAAUGGUGAAUGUGCUAUUGCUGAUUUUGGUCUUGCUGUUAGAUACGAUAGUUCAACUGGUGAAAUUGAUAUUGCACCAAAUACGAGAGUUGGAACAAGACGUUAUAUGGCACCAGAAGUACUUGAUGAAACAUUAAAUAUAUCAUCAUUUGAAGCAUUUAAAAUGGCAGACAUGUAUUCAGUUGGUUUGGUACUUUGGGAAGUUUGUAGAAGAUGUGUUACUGGUGGUAAGGUUGAAGACUAUGCACUACCAUAUUACGAUGUUGUACCAAGUGAUCCAGAUUUUGAAGAUAUGAGACUUGCUGUUUGUGUCAAAAAAUUCAGGCCAGUUAUUCCAACAAGAUGGCAAAACGAUUCGGUACUACUUGCCAUGAGUAAAAUAAUGAUUGAAUGCUGGCAUGGUAAUCCAGGAGUCAGAUUAACAGCUUUACGUGUUAAAAAGACAAUGUCCAAAAUCAGCACUGAUAAUUGCAUUAAAAUUGUGUAAAUUAUUAUCAAAUUUAUCAAUAUUUUUCACAGAUCCCUUGUAAAUAAAGUCCAGUGUAUAUUAAGUCGCCUAGACAUCAGCCAGAAAAAAAGACUGAGUUACCAAGUUUUUAAAUGGAUAAAAAUGAGAAGAGAAAAAAAAAUCUAGCUUUUAAAACAGAAAAAAAACAACA